AUGGAGAACCCCUCCUCUGCCCCCUCCAUCUGCGCCCACUGCCAGAAUUCCACUACGAAGAAAUGCAGUGGAUGCUCAGACGCUCCUAGAUACGACAAAGAAACCCCCCAGCCAACCUUCUACUGCAGCCGAGUUUGUCAGAAGAGCGACUGGGACAGACACAAAACGAACUGCAAGCGUCUGCAGACUCGCAAGACUCUUUCUCGAGCGGCCUCAUUCCUUCAAGCUAUCUUUUACAGGAUUCGUCUCCAUGCCUAUCCUCUUCAGUUCACGACCGUGCGUGCUGUUGGCUCGACUGUAUAUCUCGAAGGAUACAAAGGAGAAGUAUCACGUCUCCAACGACAGCUGACACCCUUCUCCGCUGAUGUCAAGGGCGGUCAGGACAUCUUGGACGCGGCGUUGGUGUAUAUCGGAUGCUCGGAGGCGAUGGUGUAUCUCUACGCCUUUGUCGCAGCGCUCCUGAUGGACAUCUCCUUCACAGUCGAAGAAAUCCAAUUCGAAGCCACCAACAACAAACUCUCGAUCAAAACCUGCUUCGCCAACGGCGGUGACCAAUUCGGACACUUCCCAGGACACAACGUCUACCGCAUCACCCUCCUUAACGGCGAAGUCUGGGCCAUCGACCCCAGCGGCGCGCAGUACGGAUACCACGGCGCCCUCUAUCCCUGGAGCGAACUCGCAGCGCAUCGUGUCGGAAAGGCCAAGCAUGAGUUCCAUUUUGGGUACUUCCGCGACACGUUUCGUCUGCAGUAUGGUCUUUUCCGCCGUACGCAAAAUGACGUCUCCGAGUUGACGGAACAGCUUGAUCUUGCGAUGGCCAUUGAGGGGAAGAUCGAUGUGCUUGUCAAGCCGUAUGCGGGCAAGUUGAAGACGAUCUUGAAGGGUAGCGAUGCUGCUUUUGGGAAGGCUAAGGCUGAGUUUUUGGGGCGCUUGGAGGCCGUCAUUGUUACUUCGUUGGACGAGAUUUAUCAACCUGAGCGGAUUGUACGCAGGACAAAGGAGGUUCAGCGUCGUUUACACUUGAUUGAACAGGGCGUGGGUGUUAGCUGCAUUGGAAUCGAGGAUAUGAUGAUUUUGGCCUUUUGA